AUAUUUUGAAUAGCUGCCAUAGCGUAUCUAUAAAAUGAGACAGCUCAUUUGAGUCCUUAACAUGCUCAUCAAGACAUGGACCUCUUCCCACUUCUCCAAUUCUUCCUGCUCCUUCUGGCAGCCUUGGUUGCUAAAAAUGAUGCUGCUAAACAGAAGAAAUGGAUGAAAUGUUUCAAUGAAACCGAUUAUGAGGAACUCUUAGGUAUUGCCAAAAAUGGGCUGGAUAAAACUUCAAAGCCAAAGACUGUUGUGAUUGUUGGAGCAGGAAUAAGUGGGCUCACUGCUGCCAAAUUACUAAAAGAUGCCGGACAUCAGGUUCAGGUUCUGGAAGCCAGUGAACGUGUGGGUGGCCGGAUAAUGACCUAUCGUGAAGAAGGCUGGUACGCAGAAGUGGGUGCCAUGCGUCUGCCCAAAAUACACAAAAUUGUUCAAGAAUAUCUGAAGAAAUUCAAUCUCACCCUAAAUCCUUUUGUUCAGACGGAUAUUUGGUAUUUGAUCAGGAACGUAAGAAAAAAGGCGACAGAAAUAAUGGGCAAUCCUGAUGUCUUUGGAUACCCAGUGAAGCCCAAUGAGAAGGGAGUAUGGCCUAAGGAGCUCUUGGAAAGAACGCUGAGCCAGCUAACAAACAACUGCACACUUUUAAGGGAGAAGUAUGACUCCGUUUCCACCAUGGAAUACCUACUGAAUGAAGGAAACCUGAGCAGAGGAGCUGUGGAUAUGAUUGGGGACCUCUUGAAUCUCGAACCUAUCUUCCAUAGAUCAUUUUACAAUUACCUCUUGGGAGCAGCUAGGUCUUCAGAGAACACUGGUUUUGAUGAAAUCACUGGAGGGUUUGACCAGCUGCCCAAUGGCUUCUUCAAGGAAAUGCCUGGGAUAGUACGUUUCAACUCCACAGUAGAGAAGGUUAUCCGAUCAGGAAAGAAAGUAAUGGUGUGGUUCCGCAAGGCAGACAAAUCUGUCUUAUCAUCUCUGACUGCUGACUACGUCCUCAUUACAGCUACUGCAAAAGCCACACGGCUUAUCAAAUUCCUUCCUCCUCUUUCCCCGACGAAAGUUCACGCUCUGCGUUCUUUUCAUUAUACAAGUGCCACCAAAAUUGUCUUGGCUUGCACUGAGAAAUUUUGGGAGAAAGAUGGGAUUCAAGGUGGGCGGUCAGUUACAGAUCUCCCCUCCCGCAUUAUCUACUACCUAAGUCAUAACUUCUCCAGUGGGAUGGGGGUCAUCUUGGCUUCCUAUACCCAAUAUGAAGAUGCUGACUUUUUUGUUCCCCUCAGUGAUGAAAAGUGUGUUGAUGUGGUCAUGGAUGACCUAGUAAAAGUCCACCAAGUGUCCAAAGAAUAUCUCAAGUCUGUUUGCACUAAGCAUGUGAUAAAGAGGUGGGCUCUAGACAAGUUUGCAAUGGCAGCAUUUGCUUCUCCUACACCAUUCCAGUUUAGCCACUUUUUCAAGAGUUUGUCUAAGAAUGAAGGAAGGAUUUAUUUUGCAGGAGAACACACAACCCAUCCUCAUGCCUGGAUAGAAACAGCAAUGAAAUCUGCUAUUAGGGCAGCCAGUAGUAUUCACCGUGGUACCAACAAUAUAUUGCCAGAUUUCUAUGAGGUCUAGUUUGGAGUCAGAGGUCAUACUAUGGGAAGACCAAGGUUGCUUCCAGACAUGAUUCCCCCUCUUUGUAAACCCCUCCCUCCCUGAAAAAGUCCAUGAAGCACUGCCUUUUUUGAAAUUCCAUACAACUAUAUCCCAUUGGAUUUCACUGGCCUCUGGACUCCUUUUCUUCCAGCCCCCAAACUCCACAACACCAAGAGACCCCACCCUGUUUCUGUGUCCCUCCUGGGGUAUUUCUAGUGACCAGAUGAUUUCUCUAAGUGGCCCUUGGACAGAAAAGUUUGACCACCUCAGCUGUAAUAGUUGAACAUUCUUUUUCCCCAUCCAAUAUUCAAUGGCCUGUAUCUUACCAGUCCACUGGAGAAAAUUUGAAGAUUCCGCCAGCCUAAUUAUCCUUUCUCCAAUGUAUGAGCCUCUUCCUCAGUGGGAGAAUCAUAUAGAUUGGAGGAUAUUUGCACUAAGAUGUAUUUUAUUGGUUUUAUCUAUUGUAAUUUAUUUAUGAUUGCAACCCAUCCUGAGCCUGCUUGCGGGGAGGGCUGGCUAAAAAUCUAAUCUAUCAAUCAAUCAAGCUAGUAGAACUUCCUCCAGCCUAAGAUAGGAUACAUGCUAGUAUAUGUUUUAAUUUGCUGUUCUGUGUUUUAGCUUGUUUAAAUUCAUUUUUUAUUUCAUCAAGUGCAUAUUAAAUUAUUUUUAGAUUCUAUUUUUAAGCUCUUUCAAUAUUGGGAAAUAAAUAUAUAAACAUUUCAAAUAAAUGUGAAAAACAUUUUGAAAAAAUGUGAAAAAUAAAUAUAAAUUCCUUA